UAAGGGCCUGUUUGGAUCCCUUUCUAAAAACAGUUUUUUUGUUUUUAAAAAUUAAAAAAUUAAAAAUGUAUUUGGCAAACUAUUUUUAAAUUAUAAUUUUCAAAAACUGUUUUGUGUUUUUAACUUUUAAAAACUAAAAAAGUAAAACAGCUUAAACAUGUUUUUAAUUUUUCAAUUUUGGUUUUUUAAACACAAAUGAAAUUGAAAACAAUCUUCUCUCACACAAAAAUGCAGCAACGAAAAAGUUUCACUCAGCACUUUCCACACGAUCUUCCAUUUUUCACUCAACAUUGAUUCCACACGAUCUUCCAUUUUUCACUCAGCACUGAUUCCACAAGAUCUUCCAUUUUUCACUCAGCACUGAUUCCACACGAUCUUCCAUUUUUCACUAAUCUUCAAUUUCUUCUCUACAAUUUGUGAUUGGGAUUUUUUAGUUCUAAACAGGUUUGAGAUUUUGAAAAAGCAUGAAGAAUAAUAGCUAUCGUCCGUAUUUUGCUGCGCCAGACUCCUCCUCGACCAGGCCUGCCUCUUCCUCGAUUGCACCUACUUCUAUUGGGGCAUCUGCCAUUGCUGCACAGGUUCUAACCAGAAUUGAUAUUGAUGAAAGUGAUGAUUCUACUUCUGAUGCAAGUGAUGAUGAAUUCGCAGAAUUUCUCUUUAAUAGUAUGAUUUAUAAUUAUCAUCAGAAAUACUUUAACAAAGCAAAGGUGUUGACAUCUUCGUUGACUGGUCGUGAGUUUGUUGCUGAAGUAUUAAAUGGAUCUGGAACAAGUUGUUUUGAUUUAUUUCGAAUGAAGAAAGAAUGUUUUAUUAAUUUUUGUAAUGAAUUGAGGGAGAAGAACUACUUAUGUGACUCAAGAGAUGUGCUUGUUGAAGAGAAGGUUGCUACAUUUUUAUUCAUAAUUGGUCAUAAUGUUCGUCAUAGAGUUGCUUCAAUCCGCUUUCAACAUUCCACUGAAACAAUAUCACGCAAUUUUAAGGAGGUAUUAAGGGCAGUUUGUCGAUUUGGAAAGGAACUAAUAAAGCAAGAGUCCAAAGAGUUUCCUGAAAGAAUUAAAAAUAAUUCAAAAUACUAUCCUUGGUUUAAGAAUUGCAUAGGUGCGAUUGACGGUACACAUAUCAGUGCAUCGGUUCCUGCAGAAAAACAAAUUUCAUGUAGAGAUAGAAAGGCAACAAUCACACAAAAUGUCAUGUGUGCUUGUGAUUUUAACAUGAUGUUUACGUAUGUAUAUUCGGGAUGGGAAGGAAGUGCACAUGAUUCAAAGAUUCUUUUGGAUGCAAUUACAAAUCAAAAUGCUGAAUUUCCUUGGCCACCUAGAGGUUCAUUUUAUCUCGUUGAUUCUGGGUAUCCAUGUAUUGGAGGUUUUCUUCCCCCUUAUAGGGGUGAAAGGUAUCACGCACAAGAAUAUAGAGGUCAAGGUAGACAACCCAGAAGUCCGGAAGAGUUAUUUAACUAUAGACACUCGUCUCUAAGGAUGACAAUUGAGCGUUGUUUUGGGGUGCUGAAAAAUAGAUUUCCUAUUUUAAAGUUGAUGCCUCCUUAUAAGCCUUCUAGGCAACGACUCAUAGUUAUUGCGUGUUGUGCUAUUCACAAUUAUAUACGCAAGUGGAAUUUACCGGACGAGUUGUUUAGGAUAUGGGAAGAAAUGGAUCCUGUCGAACUCGAGGGAAUACAAGAAGGUCCUAUCAUAGAAGGAACAAGUUCCAAUGUCGACAACUUAACAAGAUUAUCUAAUGAAGGUGCAGCUGAAAUGACAAUGAAGAGAAAUCAUAUUAGAGAUGAGAUGUGGGUACACCGUAGCAAUUAAGUGAAUUAAUUAUCUCUAUGUUACAUUUUCAUACAAGCAACUUUGAAUUUUAGUGGUUAUUUCUAAAUACUUAUGUUAGUUUGAUUUCAUAUGUAUGCUUCAGAUAU